GUGAAUUAUUAUUUAUCGUACUACAUUAACAGUGUUAAUAUAUCAGAUUAAAUAUUACUUCUUAGAAAUAUAGAUAAAUCUUGAAACUAUCCUUCUUAUUUUCUCACAUAGACAUAAUAUGACAGUGACAUAAAGAGUUGUGCUCUCCGUGUUACUGUCUACAGAUCUAUUAUUAUCGCUGCCAUAAAUAUAGCGAGAGGUCCAACUGUGCACUCAGAACAGGAGGAGGAGCAAACUAGUGAGUACUCACAUGUCCAGUGUUUGACCGACUGCCUUCUUUCUCCAUUACUCCCCCUCUCGCUUUCACACAAACACACAACGACAAAAACAUACCCUGAUCAGAGAGUUUCUCACACAUACACACACUUGCAAAACACCAUGGUUAAGUGUCUGAUCCGGAUCAAGACGAAGGUCAAUGUUCACCUGCGGAUGAUUAAUCACUGUUACCGGGACGUGAAAGUGCGGGUGCUUACACUGGGCCCCAGACUUCUGGGUAACGUUUUGGGUGCUCUGCCCAUCAUACCCUCUCUACCUGAGUCCAGUAGCUCCUCUGGGAUCAGCCUCUCUCCAUAUGGACAAAGCCACAGAACCACAGAUUCAUUACGUGUCAGCAGUCGCUCCACGCCUGAGCACUCCGUCUCUAGUAGCACUUCAUUGUUGAGCACACACUGCAGUGGUCCAGGGGGUAAAAAUGGAGAAGCACAAUUUUCAGAAGGAUCCUACAAGCCCUCCAGUGAUGUGUUACCCACACCAGAAUUCAAAAGCACACAUGACCAAGAGGUGAGGGAUCCAGAAUCAGUCCCUCCAAAAGAAGGUACACCGGCCUGCAGUGUAAGCCAUACACCUAGAGGCAAACCCUCUCACCUGGGAAAACUCAAACCAACCACUGGUGGCAUGGAGACACAGCAGGCUAGUGAGGUGAUUGGCACUCUGGCACGGCUGCUCUUAGUGAUGCUUGCUCUGCUCCUCGCCCUACUCCUGCUUCUCAUUGCUCUAACAGAAUCCAAACUUGAUGUGUCUUUUCUGAGAGACAUCCGUGAGACACCUGAAUUCCAGCAGCUCCACUAUGCCUACUUUUGUCCACUGAGACGCUGGCUAACCUGCACACUGCGGUGGAUAGGGGUCCAUCUCAUAAAGGAAUGAUGUGAUAAUGAGCCUCUCUAUAUAUUUUUGGAUAUCCUGAUUACUUUGUUGUUGUUUUUGUUUCAUCUUUUUUUCCUUUUUUCUUUUCCAUAUUUAUCAUUUAUUGCUGCUAGGUUGCAACUUAUAUAUUGCUCCUCAUUUGUGCACUGUGGUUUGUUUGAUGUAUCUAAAAUCUUCCAGUUGGGUUUCCACUGAUCAUCAUCAAAAAUUCUCCGCCUUGUGACAAAAUACAAAUAGAACAAAAUAAAAACCUCUCCCUUUUUUUCCCCCCCAAAGUGGGCAAUAGACAGAUAUUUUUGUGAUUAUGAUGCACAUGCAAACAGGGCAUAAGAUUGAGAUUUUUGAUAUCUUUGUGACCACAGAUGGAGGUGAUAAUGUGGUGUAGGGCAGUGCAAAUGAAAAAAAAAAAAAAAAAGGUUCUGAGUUUGAAUAAAUAAGGAGUGUGGCUCCUCUCCUUCCAUUUAAGAAGUGAGUGUGUACAGUGCAGCAAUUGGAGUUGACGUAUGUUUCCAAAACAUGGUAUAACAACAAAUUAUAUUAUAUAGUAUGUUUAUAUAUGGUAUAUAUGGUAAAACAAAAAGCUAGUUAUAUAUUACAAGUAAUGUAUUUAGAUGGAUUUUCAUUGAGCAAUCCAUCCUACUGUAUAAUUUUUAAUAUAGAAACUACAAACCUGAGUUUUUAUUUGUUACAGACCCUUUUUUGUGCCAUUCCGGUGCAGCUUCUUAAUUUAUAAAUUUAUAAAAAAUAAAAUUGUCUUGUGCUCCAACAUAAAUAGCAAAACACCAGUGUUAACAAUGAUAUAGAAAUAGAGCCUUAAGUAGGAUAUGAAUGUUUUGAGGGUUAUCUGUAAAGUUUGAUAGGCAGUGUUAUUUAUGAUUAUUUGGUUCCUGAGCAAGUAAUAUUAUAACAAAGAGAUGUUGUAGGGUGAUGACCAGCAGUGUUUGACUUAUAGCUAUACAGGGUAUAACAACACAGGAUGCAUUGCUGGACAAAAAGUUGUCAGACACAGCUAGUUUGCUGUACGCAUGAAGGAGAUGAAGGGGAUGCAGCUCUUGCUGCAUCUGAGGUUUGAGGUGGUCUAUACUGUAAAAAGGUGCUAUAAAAAUUCUAUCCUAUCCUAUGCUGUUAUGACACAAAAAUAUGAAUGAAAUAUACACUGCAUGGCCAAAAUUAUGUGGACACCUGACCAUCACACCCAAAUGUGUUCACUGCCCAAACUGUUGCUGUAAAGUUGGAAGCACACAGUUGUAUAGAAUGUCUUUGUAUGCUGUAGCAUUACAGUUUCCCUUAACUGGAACCAAGAGUUGCGCCCAAACAUGUUUCAGCAUGACAAUGGCCCUGUGCACAAAGUGAGAUCCAUGAAGACAUGGUUUGCCAAGGUUGGAGUGGAAGAACUCGGGUGUUCUGCACAGAGCACUGACCUCGACACCACUGAACACCUUUGGGAUGAACUGGAACACCGACUGCACCCCAGGCCUCCUCACCCAACAUCAGUGCCUGACCUCACUAAUGCUCUUGUAGCUGAAUGAGCACAAAUCCCCACAGCCACGCUCCAAAAUCUAGUGGAAAGCUUUCCCAGAAGACUGGAGGUUAUUAUAACAGUAAAAGGGGGGACUAAAUCUAGAAUGGGGUGUUCACACAGCACAUACUGUAUGCGUAUGCAGAUGUCCACAAAAUUUUGACCAUAUAGUGUACAUUUAUAAUAAGUACAUAUGCCUUUCCAAAGAGACAUAUCUAUUGGAAUACAUUAUGUAUUUCAUCAUACAGUAAACAGUGUCGACCCACUCAAUCUGUUUUUUUUUUUUUGGAGACUCUGGCUGAAGUACCCUGAGACUGUCUUUCAUUGUCCUUAACCUUUAAUUUGAACAUGGACAGUACCCUGAGGUGAUGGUUCACUUGUAGUGGAAAGGCUACAAAGUGUCACAAUGAUUUGUGUGAGGAUGAUGCAAUUUUUAGUGAAGACUAGGAAGUUCUUUCAUAACUGUUGUUUUUAAAUCUACAUAAUGUAAGACUUCAGAAUUUAGCACACUCACUGCUUGAGGAGGAACAUUUUGUAACGUGGGUAGUGCUGUGGCCUUGCCCGCUGUGAGCAUUAGUCUCACAGCUGCAUAUAUUCUGAUAGAAUUCAAGUCUGUGUCCCAAACUGAAUAAAACACCCUAAGUAGUACGAUAUACAGUACUAUUUAGUACAAUAGCAUUCAGUUUGGGAAGUGGUCCAACUAUUUGUGAGUCACGAUUACUCAGUAUUACAGAAAUGUUAUGUGAAUAAAAUAAAUUUAUUCUGCACACAAAUGUGUCUGUCACAGUUACUGAGCAGCAGUGCCUGUGCAUCACUGAUGCCACUGUAAUCUCACAGACAGCAGGAUGAAUGUAAGGGCUUCUCUGAUAGACACAGCUGGCUCAUUCUAGCUAAUUAACAUAUAGUGUAGAUAGCAAAAAUUACAAUGACUGGUCAUUUCUGUUUAUUGAUCUUUUUUCCCCUUCAUGUAUUUUUUUGUUUAUUCUG